AUAUACAGUAAAUGUAGCUGGAGAAGCCACAGCUCUCUUGAACGGUGGGCAUAAAGAACCACGUCAGUCCGCAAUCUAAAGACGUGUCGACAUAAGCUUCAAAAAUAUGCUGUCCAGUCCUAUGUCAGAAUUCAUUCCAGUUUUCCUGUGUUUUCUUUAUGCAACAUCAAGUAAUGCGAGGGACUGGCGAGGAGGAUUCGCGUCUCUAGGAAGAACCGAUCCUACGUUCACGUAUGCCCACUGUGAACUGCAGCCCACGACAGAGGUGGUGGAUCACAGGGCUGAACAGAUCACGGGCAGGAUAGAAUUCAGACAGCCGUUGGCUGUCUUCACCCGGGGCUGGCUGGAGGUCAGAGUUCACAUUGAGGGGUUGCCAUUGGAUGACGGCAUCCUUAACUACGGUCUGCACGUGCACGAGUUCGGUGACCUCAGAGACGGAUGCGAGAGCACAGGGGGUCAUUACAAUCCGUACGGCAACGAACAUGGCGGACCUACAGUUGAAAACAGGCACGCUGGAGAUUUCGGGAACGUGGUAAAGAAUCGAGCUGGAGGCGUUUCUAAAUAUUUCCUAGACCGUGUUGCUUCUCUCACGGGACCCUACUCAAUCGUCGGCCGAUCGAUUGUUUUAAAAGCUCGGGAGGAUGAUCUAGGACUCGGUGGCAACCCAUCCAGUCGCGUGACCGGAAGUUCCGGUGGGAGAGUAGCUUGUUGUGUGAUUGGUCACUCUAACGGCCAAUCAUGGCGCGGAUCAACUAUUUAAGAACGUUACUGAGAAGUCUGGAAGAAGACUGAUGUAGAGGAUCGACGACGCCCACGUGGUUUAUUUUGUACAGUGUUGCUUUGAUUUAAUAAUAAAGUCAUUUGGAAUAGUAA